GCGGUCGCAGCCGUGGCGGCAGCACCAUGUUUCUUCACUCAGUCAACCUCUGGAACCUGGCAUUUUAUGUCUUCAUGGUCUUCAUGGCAAGCCUGGGGCUAUGGGACGUCUUCUUCGGCUUCGAAGAGAACAAGUGCAGUAUGAGCUACAUGUUUGAGUACCCGGAGUAUCAGAAAAUAGAACUUCCAAAGAAGCUGGCAAAACGUUAUCCUGCAUAUGAAUUAUAUCUUUAUGGAGAAGGAUCCUAUGCUGAAGAACACAAAAUUCUUCCUUUGACAGGUAUCCCAGUUCUCUUUCUUCCUGGUAACGCUGGAAGUUAUAAGCAAGUUCGUUCUAUUGGCUCCAUUGCACUUAGAAAAGCAGAAGACAUUGACUUAAAAUACCACUUUGACUUCUUCAGUGUGAAUUUCAAUGAAGAACUGGUGGCAUUGUAUGGUGGAAGUCUUGAGAAGCAGACCAAGUUUGUACAUGAAUGUAUUAAAACGAUUCUCAAACUCUAUAAGGGUCAAGAAUUUGCUCCAAAAAGUGUUGCUAUCAUUGGUCAUUCAAUGGGUGGCCUUGUUGCAAGAGCAUUGCUUACAUUGAAAAAUUUUAAACAAGAUCUGAUAAAUCUUCUCAUAACACAAGCCACACCCCAUGUUGCUCCUGUGAUGCCAUUAGAUCGUUUCAUUACAGAUUUUUAUAUGACUGUAAACAACUAUUGGAUUUUAAAUGCUAGACAUAUAAAUUUUACCACACUUUCUGUAGCUGGAGGAUUUCGAGAUUACCAAGUUCGUUCAGGACUGACUUUUCUACCAAAAUUAAGCCAUCAUACCAGUGCCUUAUCUGUUGUGAGUUCAGCAGUGCCUAAGACAUGGGUCUCAACAGACCAUCUUUCCAUUGUGUGGUGUAAACAAUUGCAACUGACUACAGUUCGAGCAUUCUUUGAUCUUAUUGAUGCUGAUACUAAACAAAUAACUCAGAAUCCCAAGAAGAAAUUAUCAGUUUUGAAUCACCAUUUUAUAAGACACCCAGCAAAACACUUUGAGGAAAAUCCCACAAUAAUUUCUGACUUAACAGGGACAUCUAUGUGGGUUCCAGUAAAAGUGUCCAAAUGGACCUAUGUGGCUUAUAACGAAUCUGAUAAGAUAUAUUUUACAUUUCCUCUUGCAAAUCAUAGAAAAAUCUACACUCAUGUCUAUUGUCAGAGCACCAUGCUGGAUACAAAUAGUUGGAUUUUUGGCUGCAUAAACAGCACUUCUAUGUGCCAGCAAGGAGUUGAUUUAUCAUGGAAAGCUGAACUUCUGCCAACAAUUAAGUCUCUGACGUUAAGACUUCAAGACUACCCAUCUUUAUCUCAUCUUGUUGUUUAUGUGCCAUCUAUUCAUGGAAGUAAGUUUGUUGUAGAUUGUGAAUUCUUUAAAAAAGAGACAAGAUCCAUACAGCUUCCUGUUACUCAUCUUUUUUCCUUUGGUUUAUCUUCAAGGAAAGUAAUAUUAAAUACAAGUGGCCUGUUCUACAAUAUAGAGCUUCUUAACUUUGGACAGAUAUAUCAAGCUUUUAAAAUCAACGUAGUAAGCAAGUGCUCAGGAGCCAAAGAAGAAAUAACUAGUAUCUAUAAACUUCAUAUCCCCUGGUCUUAUGAAGAUUCACUAACCAUUGCACAAGUUCCAUCUAACACAGAAAUUUCCCUGAAGCUCCAUGUUGCUCAGCCAGAUAAUGAUAGCCAUGUAGCAUUAUUGAAAAUGUACACAUCAUCAGACUGUCAGUAUGAGGUGACAGUUAAGACUUCCUUUUCACAAAUACUUGGACAGAUUGUGAGAUUUCAUGGUGGAGCUCUCCCUGCCUAUGUCAUAUCUAGCAUUCUUCUUGCUUAUGGAGGACAGUUAUCCUCUCUUUUUUCAAAAGGUCAUUGCUUACCAUAUGCUACUGUGUUGGAUAAAGAAGCCAAACCAUACAAAGUUGAUCCUUUUGUAAUAAUGAUUAAAUUUCUCUUGGGAUAUAAAUGGUUUAAAGAACUAUGGGAUGUGUUAUUAUUACCAGAAUUAGAUGCCAUCAUUUUAACUAGUCAGAGUAUGUGUUUCCCCCUUGUUUCCUUGAUUCUCUUUCUUUUUGGAACAUGUACUGCCUACUGGGGUGGUCUGCUCUCUUCUACAACUGUGAGACUCCUUUCUUCAUUGUGGCUAGCUUUGAAAAGGCCUUCUGAACUUCCUAAAAAUACCAAGAUCAUAUCAUCAUAUUUGUCCUGUUUGACAAUUAUUUUGAUCUUAGUUGGUUGGACAACUUGUGGAUCAUUUGCCAUACUUCUUACUUAUCUUUACUAUGUGGUUAAGGUUGUUCAUCUGCAAGCCAGCAUAACAACUUUGAAAAAUAGCCAUUCUGCAAAUCCUAAACACUCUAAAAGAAGUGAAAAAAAAUCCAAUCACCAUAAAGACUCUACAGCACACAAUCUUCAUUUAUCUGCCAGUGAUGCUGAAGAUAGUCUUCACAUGCACAGUACUGUGAUUAACUUACUAACAUGGAUUGUAUUACUCAGUAUGCCAUCUUUAAUUUAUUGGUUAAAGAAUCUUAGGUACUACUUUAGACUUCAUCCUGAUCCAUGUAGACCUUUAGCAAUUAUCCUUAUUCCAACUGUGGCAAUUCUAGGAAAUACUAACACUGCUUCAGUAAAAUCAAGUAAAUUGUUGAAGAUUACUUCACAAUGCCCACUUCCUUUGGCUGUUGGUGUGAUUGCUUUUGGGUCAGCACACUUAUAUAGGGUUCCAUGGUUUAUCUUCAUCCCCCUUUUACUCCAUGCACUAUGCAACUUUAUGUAAGAUUGGAUUUAAAAGAUGAUGAAGAUGUUAUAUGCCUUAGACCAAAAAUGAGAGGGAACACACAGAUCCAUCAGUGUGGACAGGCCAAUCCUUUUGAAAAGACAAAUCUAUUUUUACAAUAUUAAAAAUGCAAAAUUAAUUUUGUAAUGCUUGAGGAAGUAGUUGAAGCAUGGUUUUGUUUUGUGGUAAGGCAUCUGUGUACUAGUAAUUUUUGAAAAAUUAGAAAAGUUUUUGGUGGCCACUGUCAUUGAGAACUUCUCUGCAU